AUGGCACCAAAGCGAGUUCUUAUUACCUAUGGUGUGGAUGUCGAUGCUGUAGCCGGCUGGCUAGGAUCGUAUGGCGGAGAGGAUUCCACUAACGACAUCAGCAGGGGAUACUGGGCAGGAACAAUUGGAACCCACCGAUUGUUGAAGCUGUUUAAGAAAUAUGACAUCAAAACAACAUGGUUCAUCCCCGGCCACUCCCUCGAGACCUUCCCGGAGGACAUGGCCGCAGUCCGGGAUGCGGGCCACGAGAUCGGUCUACACGGAUAUUCUCACGAGAACCCAACAGAUAUGUCUCUAGAGCAACAGCGUGAUGUGCUCGACAAAACGUAUCGAAUGUUGACCGAGUUCGCUGGAAAGCCCCCCCGGGGAAGCGUGGCACCCUGGUGGGAAACUAGCAAAGAAGGAGCCCAGCUUCUCCUCGACUACGGCAUCGAGUACGAUCACAGCAUGAGCCACGAGGACUGUCAGGCCUACUACCUCCGAACCGGUGACAGCUGGACUAAGAUCGAUUACCAGCAGAAAGCUGAGACUUGGAUGAAGCCUCUUGAGCAUGGAUCCCAAACAGGACUUGUUGAAAUCCCCUCCAACUGGUACAUUGAUGAUCUACCACCGAUGAUGUUCAUCAAGAGCGCUCCUAACAGCCAUGGCUUUGUCAACCCGCGGGAUGUGGAGGAUAUCUGGCGCGACCAUUUUGACUACUUCUACCGCGAGUAUGAUGAGUUUAUUUUUCCGAUCACUAUCCACCCGGAUGUGUCGGGAAGGCCUCAUGUACUGUUGAUGCAUGAAAGGCUUAUUGAACAUUUCAAAAAGCACGACGGUGUUGAAUUUGUGACAAUGGAACAGGUUUGCGAUGAAUUUAAGAAUAAGAACGCUCCUCCGCCUGGGGCCAUGAUGCCCGCAAAGGCUGGUUUGAUGUUGGAGAAAUGA